AUUGCGGCCUGCUUAUGCCCUCAUUGCACACGUUGUUCCUGGGUUUGAACCGAGUGACCCUCCCUCGAGCUACUCUAGUCUUCGUAGUGGUAUCAUAACGAUGAGCUGGAUGUCUGGCACGCAAGCUGGUAUGCAAGGGCUAUUGAACGUCACGGCAGAUUCGCUGGCUGAGUACUGCGGAUUGACUGGCGAUCACCAGGCAAAUUCAGUGUUUCUCGAAUCACAGCUUGGUUUGCUCCAAAGAAAUCCAUCCCAAAACGUGAUCAAUUCUGAAUUUUGCGCCAUAUAUCUCCCAGCCCUUGUAGACGCCUACGAUGCGCAAGAUGCGGCAUUCAAUAUACCCAUGAGAAUGCUCAAUGCCGUUGCUUACCUGCCUUACUUCGCUAGGUUUCUAUUGACCACGGCCAAAACGUCGAUUUGUAAGACUCAAGCGCAUCGCAUGGCCACUGCGUCUUCAGCUCCAGCAGAUCCCGUGCACAUCGUAGAAAUGUGCCAGUUUCUCUCGACCCUCUUAGCCCUGCAGGGUACGAAUUCCGUCAGCGAGGAAGACAAACAAGCGCUUCUCCCAAAACUGCGUGAAUGGAAUAGGAAAUACCAAAAGCAACAGAUUACGCGUUGCCUCAAGCAACUGGAGGAUGAUCCGGAGACAACGAUCCUGGCAGGUGGCCUGAAACAACACUGUGAAAGCUCUCUUAAUAAAUGCGGCUUUGACGGCUGUGGAAAGUCCGGAACUUCGAAGCUCUUGCAAUGCUCUCGGUGCAAAACAGCUGUUUAUUGCGACCGUGAUCACCAGAAAAAAUCUUGGCCAUCCCAUAAAGCAACGUGUUUCCCAGCAGUUUUUUGAGAAAAUGUGGAGCCCGGAUCACGGGUUGGGACUUGGUACAGUCUCUGUAUUAGUAUAUUCAUGUCUGAUGACCAGUCUGUUACUCGUC